AUGGCAGGCCAGCAUGAGUUCCCGGCCCUGUUCAUGAUCGAGGGCUCGAACCGGCAUGAGAUCAUUCUCGUGAACCCCGGCCACGACCUUGACGAGCUCAAACAAUCAAUGGAAAAGCUGGCUGCUUUGUCUCCAAACUGUCAGGAGAUCUUGAGCAAGUACAGGAACAAGGAUAGCGUAGAUCACAUUAGUGAGGUCAAGGUUCGAUGGGGUGGAAAGGACAAACAACUGUUUCCCAAGGAAACGCUGUUGACUGAGGAUAAUUGCGAGCCUGUCCUACGUAUGAUGGCGAUUGGAGUUGGACAAGAUGUAUUCGACGUGAAGCUUGAGAAAGCUGCCGCGAAGAAGUGA